CCCAAAGAUCCACUUCUCAGCGCACUCAAAGUGUGCCUGUUGCACCUGCAACCGAACGAUGGGCAGACGGUGACGGACAGCAACCCUCAGCUCACUUGUUGCUGCCAGCUUCUUGAGCUGCUCCUCAGGAAAGGACUCCAACAGCCAGUCCUCAGUCUGGUUCAUCGAGACUACUGGCAUUGUUUUGAGCAGCUUCUUCCCAAAGAUACAUGCGGCAGGCUGUCCACCGUGGCGUCGGCUGUGGAGCAGACGAAAGCAUGCAGGAAGCUGAUCUCGGCUCAGGGCCGAGGCCGUUACCUGCUCCGCUUGGCCCUCGGCCGCAAGACCCUGCCGCAGUUCAUCGCUCACCUCCUGCACACUCCCGCAGUCCUGGAGUGGUACAGCCCAACCUUGUCAAUUCUCAGGAAUGAAGAAUUUUCAGAACCUUUCAUGUCCCUGCUGUUGGUUCUCUCCCAAAUGGAUUUCAAAGUGGACAUGGAGAAUUGCAGUUUUCUGGAUGAAAGCUGGCUUUUACCGGUAACAAUGCUUUCCGCUUUAUUCUUUGUUCAAUAUUCAUCGCAAUACAACCUAAGAAAUAUGUUUUCUAGGCGUGUGAGCUAUAUGAAGUAGUACCGAUUCGACAGGUGGGAAUGCUCUUCAGCUACCUCAAUGGACGCGUCUUCCUUCUGGACAUGAUACCUGGCGGCCAAGCACACGUUGACCAGUUUAUCAGCCGUGGCGACGUCGUUGAUGAGAUCAACGGCACCUGUCUGAGGAACUCCAAGAGCGGACGGGCAGGUGUGGUUCUAUCGCGAUUGAAAGGCUGCGCCCUGUCCAUCCGCGUGGUGCGUUGGCGGGCCCGGGAUGGAUCAGUGUAUCGUCCUCUGAUCAAACUGCUGCGGACUCUCAGGAUCCAGAACCCGUGGCUGCAACUUGGUCCUGCUCCCUCCCACCAGCCUGCUAAUGACUCAAGAACUUCUCCUCCAACACAGUGUUUCAAAGAAGGAAGGAUUGUGUACAUUGUCCACUUCUUGGGGGACACAGACAUUGGAAAGUUUGGAACCAAAGAGGUGUUGCCGUUCGCAAUUUCACACGUGUUGCAGGAAAACCAGCCAAGCAAGGAAGUGCAUUUAGAUUUGAAAGAAACACAUUUGACGUGCACAGAGAGCAGCAGUAACAAGACAGUGUGUGAACAUCACUAUCCGGAUAUUUCAUGUGUCGGGAGGUACGCACAGCCAGAUUACAGCAUAUUGGGGUUUUGUGUCAUUAAGAGACCAGCAGAAAGUCCAUCCACCAGCUCUCCAAUAAGCUUCAGUUGUGUGGUGCUCAAAGCUGCUUGCGCCAAAGAGUGUGAAGAGAUUGUUAAGCGAAUAGCCACUGGGUUUAAGCACACGGAAUGGUUUGUAUGACACGUGUAAAUAAACAGUUCAAACUCAA